AUGUCACUGGACAGAGUUAAAAAUUCCGUCACAACCGACAGAUCCUCUUCAAAUUCUCCAAAACCUAAAUUAACUAUUGAACCUCUUCAAGAAGAUGUCAAGCUAAGAAUAUUAAAGAGUUUGGAAAUUCUUGCUUCAUUACCGAUUCCUCAAGAAGAAACUUUGGAUGAACAAGGCAAACGUAUAAAAUACAUUAAGAGCCAAGCUUUAAAGGCCUUAGGUGCAAUAUACUCAGAGUUCUAUCCAUGGAUGAAAAUCGAUAGAGAUCCACAUUUGGGUUUUUAUUAUAUGCUCUCUUCUGCAAAACUUGACGAUCCUGAGGCUUGUUAUCAUGUAGGAAUUACAUUCAUGAAUGCACUUAACUACUUAGCUGAACAAGAGUUAGAACCAGAAAAGUACAAUUAUAUCAAGUCUUCGAGUUUUAUGUAUGGAUCUGAGUAUGAUAAGGAAACAAGUACUUUUGUUUAUAUAGAUGAAAAGUCCAGAAAGAAAAAGAACUUAAUAGCUCAAGGAAAAGAAGAAUUGUUAAAACAAAAAAAAACAUCUGAAGAAUACCUAAAGUAUCCAGGAAUUACAAAGGAUGUUGUUUAUAUCAAGCUAAAGGAGAAUGAAAAAUUCUCUGUGGAAUAUUUAAAAAAGGCUGCUGACUUAGGUGAUGUAGAUGCACAACUGAUUAUGUCUAAAAUUUAUUUGGAAGGAAAGGCUGGAGUUUCCUCAAAUCUCAAAUUUUCAAUUCAUUAUGCGGAAUUAGCAGCUAAUCAACAUAGUGGCCAAGCCCUUUUUAACUUAGGUAGUGUUUAUCUGGUGGGAAUGAGAUCUCAAGUACCAAAACCUGGCUUUGAAGAUUUUACUGACUAUCAAAUUCAUACCACUCCAAAUUCAACAGAGUUAUUCGAAAUUAAGAAAGAUGUAGCAAAGGCAAUCGAAUAUUAUGAACGUGCAACCCUUUGUAACUCCUCGGAAGCUGCAUAUUUCUUAGGGCAUGCAUACCAUCACGGAUUAUAUAAUUUACCACAAAACACAGAGAAAGCCAUCCUAUAUCUAAAUCAAGCAAUUAACUCAGCUCACAAUGAAGCAGCUCACUACCUUUAUUUAAUGUAUUUGACCGGGGAAAAUUGCCAACAAGAUUUACAAAAGGCUGAAUACUAUUUCAAAAUAGCUAUCCAAUUACAGAGUCCAAAUGCCCUUUUCGUUUUGGGUGAUCGUUACUUCCAUGGUAAAAAUGGCUAUCCAGUUGACUAUUCCAAGGCUUACGAGUUCUAUACUAUUGCUGGUGAAAGAAAGAAUAAGAAUGCAUUGUAUUGUUUGGGAGUUAUGCAUUAUCAUGGCAUCCAUGUUGAGAAGAGCCACAGACUAGCUUACGAAAGGUAUACACAGGCUGCUUCUGCUGGAUCAAAAGAGGCUUACCUUGCCCUUUCUGAUAUGGUACUUAAAGGAGAAGGUGGCGUACCUCGUGAUGAACACUAUGCAAAACAACUCAGAAUAGCUCACGAACGUCUUGUGGCCAUUGAAGAAGGAAGAGCAAUUAAUCAAUGUAAAGAUACUGACCCAGCCAUGGUUGCAUCUGCAGGUUGUGGUAAAUCAACUUGUCAAUGUGCCCCACCACAGUAAAUAGCUAAAUCAAGCAAUCAAAUAAAAUUUAUAUCU